CGCGGAGCCGCCAUGAGCUGGGGCGCGGAGCUGUGGGAUCAAUUUGAUAACUUAGACAAGCAUACACAGUGGGGCAUUGACUUCUUGGAGAGAUAUGCAAAGUUUGUAAAAGAAAGGAUAGAGAUUGAACAAAACUAUGCAAAACAAUUAAGAAAUCUGGUUAAGAAGUACUGUCCCAAACGUUCAUCAAAAGAUGAAGAGCCCAGGUUUACAUCAUGUCUAGCCUUUUUUAACAUCCUUAAUGAGUUAAAUGACUAUGCAGGACAACGAGAAGUAGUAGCAGAAGAAAUGGGACACAGAGUGUAUGGAGAACUAAUGAGAUAUUCUCAUGAUCUAAAAACAGAAAGAAAAAUGCAUCUUCAAGAGGGGCGAAAAGCUCAGCAGUAUCUUGACAUGUGCUGGAAACAGAUGGAUAAUAGCAAAAAGAAAUUUGAAAGAGAGUGCAGAGAGGCAGAAAAGGCACAGCAAAGCUAUGAAAGACUGGACAACGACACCAAUGCAACCAAGGCCGAUGUUGAGAAGGCUAAGCAACAAUUAAACCUGCGUACACACAUGGCAGAUGAAAACAAAAAUGAAUAUGCUGCACAACUACAGAACUUUAAUGGAGAGCAACACAAACAUUACUACAUUGUCAUUCCUCAGAUUUACAAGCAUCUUCAAGAAAUGGAUGAACGGAGGACCAUCAAGCUUAGUGAAUGUUAUAAAGGUUUUGCUGAUUCUGAGCGCAAAGUUAUUCCCAUAAUCUCUAAAUGUUUAGAAGGAAUGAUUCUUGCAGCAAAAUCAGUUGAUGAAUGCAGAGAUUCUCAAAUAGUGAUAGACUCCUUCAAGUCUGGGUUUGAACCUCCUGGAGACUUCCCAUUUGAAGAUUACAGUCAGCAUAUUUACAGGACUGUCUCUGAUGGAACCAUCAGUACACCAAAGCAGGAAGGAAUGAAGAUUGAUUCAAAAACCACUGUGGGCAAGGCUAAGGGCAAGCUGUGGCUUUUUGGAAAGAAGCCAAAGCCACAGUCCCCACCCCUUACCCCUACUAGUUUAUACACAUCCACUACUCCUAAUGGGUCCCAGUAUCCCAUAUUCUCCAUUGAACCAGUGCAUUAUUGCAUGAGUGACAUAAAAACAGGGAAGCCCAGAAUUCCUUCUUUCAGAAGCCUCAAAAGAGGGUGGUCGGUGAAGAUGGGUCCCGCACUAGAAGAUUUCAGUCAUCUGCCGCCAGAACAAAGACGUAAGAAACUGCAGCAGAGAAUCGAUGAACUCAACAGAGAACUACAGAAAGAAACAGACCAGAAGGAUGCACUCAUCAAAAUGAAAGAUGUUUAUGAGAAGAAUCCACAGAUGGGGGAUCCAGGCAGUUUGCAGCCAAAAUUAGCUGAAACUAUGAGCAACAUGGAUCGUCUUCGAAUGGAAAUACACAAGAAUGAGGCCUGGCUCUCUGAAGUUGAAGGUAAAGUAGCAGCAAGAGGAGACAGAAGGCACAGCAGUGACAUCAACCAUCUUGUAACACAGGGAAGAGAGAGCCCUGAGGGGAGCUACACGGAUGAAGCAAACCAGGAAAUUCGAGGCCCACCACAACAGCAUGCCCACCAUAAUGAAUUUGAUGAUGAAUUUGAAGACGAUGAUCCCUUACCAGCUAUAGGACACUGCAAAGCAAUUUAUCCUUUUGAUGGUCACAAUGAAGGCACUCUGGCAAUGAAAGAAGGGGAGGUUUUGUACGUUAUCGAGGAAGACAAAGGAGAUGGAUGGACAAGAGCUCGAAGACAGAAUGGAGAGGAAGGCUAUGUGCCAACAUCAUAUAUAGAUGUAACUCUAGAGAAAAACAGUAAAGGUGCAGUAACCUAUAUAUAACAACUAAGCUGGCAGCUUACUACUCUACAUUCCAUAGGGAAAAUACUGAAUCACACAAUUUCAUAGAAAGUGUUAGGAUAUCUGAAGGCAUUUGUGUGGUCUGUUGUUCACCAUGUGAGCUUGGCUAGAGACUUUUUUUUUCCAGAGAUGUUAGUACUAAAAGUAAGAAAAUGUCUUAAUUUAAUUCAAUUGCUCUGCAACAUUUACCUUAUUUCUGCAUUUAUCUCUCUGAGGUCCUUUAGUGUUUUCAUUUUAUAAAUCAUUGGAUCUGCUCCACUGAUCAGGUCAUCUUGUUUUUAUACUACUAUUUUAAAAUCCAUUUUUAAUAUUCACUUGCUUCAGAAAGUAAUUUUUAAAAUUUUCUGUCUGUACAACAAUGUACUUGAAAAUAACCUCUGUUCCAAAUGGCAAUUUCUGAAAACCUCUUUAGGCUCUAUUGUUCCCGCAUCAGCAACUUUAACUACCAUAUACUUAAAACUCUAAAACAAAAAAUAAAUAAACCACUCUACAACUGACUGAGCUCAGUUACUGAAAGUGUUCAUAAUUGUCCUUUCUUUGUAAAUAUAUUAGCAGCUUUCACGCCAUAAAAAGGAAAACAUUUUCCUAUUCUCAAAGGUAAAAAAGCACAAUCCACUCAGGAUGGUCCAUUAAAGAUAGAGAAAGUACCGUAUGAUGGACCUACCCUUUUAUUCUCCUGCCAGCGGCUAUGAACCUAGAAUGUUGUCUAUUUGAUACUGCUUUGGCUUGGAAAUGUUUUUGAUGGUUACUAUAUGGUUAAAACAUAAAA